AUAUUCCUGCUGAUGCUAAAUGGACACAGAAUGGUGUGACUGUUUCUGGAGGUAACGGGGAAGGUGGUGCCACUAAUCAACUCAACUACCCUUAUGGCCUCUUCGUUGAUGAUGAUCAAACAGUGGUCAUUGCUGACUACUGGAACAAUCGUAUCAUCCAAUGGAAGAACGGUGAUACAACGAAUGGACAAGUUGUUGCUGGUGGUAAUGGCCAAGGAAAUGGAUUGAAUCAAUUUCAAUGGCCAACUGAUGUCUUAAUUGACAAAGAUACAGAUAGUCUCAUUAUUUGUGAUCAUGGAAAUCGACGAGUUGUACGAUGGUCUCGUCGUAGUGGUACAACACAAGGAGAAAUACUCAUCGACAACAUCUAUUGUUGGGGAUUAGCAAUGGAUGAACAAAGAUAUCUCUACGUUUCUGACCGGGAAAAACAUGAAGUAAGAAGAUAUCAAUUGGGUGAGAAGAAUGGCACUCUUGUAGCUAGUGGUAAUGGACAAUGUUGUGGACUCAAUCAAUUCAGCAACCCGACUUAUCUCUUUGUCGAUCGACAACAGAAUCUCUACGUAUCAGACUACUCUGAAAAAAAUAAAGGAGGUUUACAGAACCCUCCGAAAAGGUUCUGUAGAUUUUCAAAAUGCUCCAAAUGUGUUCAAAGUCUCAAAAAAGGAUAA